GGAUCAAGAGAAGACCCGGGACUAUCAGUCGCCAAAAGGAACGCCGGGAUAGAAGUAAUGCAACUUUUUUUACAUUAACUUGGGGAUACUUUUUGACCAUUUUUUGUUCGUGAAACUAAUGCGGAUAUAAAGAAACAAUCCGAGAAGAGAUGGCGCAUCAACAGUUGAGAUACUUCCUGGCACUGGCUUUGGUGCACACCGUGCUGUCCUCCGGAGUCUUCGAGCUGAAGAUCCACUCCUUCCACACGGCGCAGCGCAUCUGCAGAAGACACCGCGACUGUCACAUCUUCUUCCGGAUCUGCCUCAAACACCCGGAGGACGUGAUCUCGGCCGAACCCCCGUGCACCUUUGGAACCGGACAAACCAACGUCAUCAGGGCCGAUCACACCUCCAUCUCCAGCAGCGCGCCCAUCCGAGUGCCCUUCCACUUCAAAUGGCCGGGAACUUUUUCCUUAAUCAUCGAAGCCUGGAACGCAGAAUCUCCCACGGAAUACACAGACAACCAAAACAACCUGGUGAGCCGCCUGGCAACCAGAAGGAGACUGGCCAUCGGCGAGGACUGGUCCCAGGACGUCCACUUUGGAGAGCAGAGCGAGCUUCGCUACUCCUACCACGUCUUCUGCGACGAGUACUACUUCGGCGACGGAUGCGCCGACUACUGCAGGCCGAGAGACGACACCCUGGGCCACUACACCUGCGACGAGGAGGGCAACCGCAUCUGCCUUGAGGGCUGGAAAGGAAACUACUGCUCAGAACCCAUCUGCUCGGCAGACUGCAGCGAGAAGCACGGCUACUGCGAGGCCCCUGGGGGCUGUACGUGUCGCAUGGGCUGGCAGGGCCCCUCCUGCACUGAGUGCGUGCGCUACCCAGGCUGCCUCCACGGGACCUGCAGCCAGCCCUGGCAGUGCAACUGCCAGGAAGGAUGGGGCGGCCUCUUCUGCGACCAGGACCUCAACUACUGCACCAACCACAAACCCUGCGCCAACGGGGCCACCUGCACCAACACCGGGCAGGGAAGCUACACCUGCGCCUGCAGACCGGGGUUCGGAGGAACCAACUGCGAGCUGGAAACCAACGAAUGCGACAGCAACCCGUGCAAGAACGGAGGAAGCUGCAAUGACCUGGAGAACGACUACUCAUGCACCUGCCCUCAAGGCUUUUACGGGAAGAACUGUGAGAUCAUCGCCAUGACGUGUGCCGACGGGCCCUGCUUCAACGGGGGCACCUGUGUGGAGACAAUGACCGGGGGCUACACCUGCCGCUGCCCCCCCAGCUACACUGGCUCCAACUGUGAGAAGAAGCUGGACCGCUGCAGCAACCGCCCCUGUCUGAACGGCGGCGAGUGUUUAGAUCUCGGUCAGAGUGUUCUCUGUCGCUGCCAGCCCGGCUUCUCCGGCGCCAACUGCCAAGUGAACAUCGACGACUGCGCCUCGAGCCCGUGCCAGAACGCCGGAACCUGCCAGGACGGCAUCAACGACUACAUCUGCUCCUGCACCCUGGGCUACACCGGCAAAAACUGCAGCGUUCGCUCGGAUGCCUGUGGCGCCCGGCCGUGUCAGAACGGCGGCACAUGCUUCACCCACUUCACCGGCCCGGUUUGCCAGUGCCCUAAAGGAUUCAUGGGACCAAGUUGUGAGUUUACCCUGCAGCCCAGUUUCAAACCCGCUCUACGCCAAUCCUCCCAACCCUCCUCCGCCACGCUGACCGUCUCCUGCGUCCUCGCCGUGCUGGCGCUGGUUCUGGUGGCGGGCGUCAUCUUCCUCAGGAGGAGAAGGAGGCUGCAGGGGAGGAAGCAGCUCAGCGACAUUGCGGUUUAUAAUGACCUGGAGACGGUGAACAACAUGGGAGGGAGCGAGAGAGACUCCUUCUUGGGUCCCAACGGGCUGUUCAAGAUCAGCAACAGCUCAGCGAGACUCAGCCUCUGCCCAGAGGGGAGACCUGGCUACAGGCACCACCCAGCGGCAGACAGCGGUCUGGCUCGAGGGGAGCGCCAGGACUUCAUGUGGCGGGAUGAGUCCGGCCUGGGCUCAGCUGCCGGACUCAGGUGAGCCUCGCGCAGGGGGAAGAAGGAUUUUAGCACUUGCUGCUCCUCUCUCUUUGUGCACGACGAUGAGAGGACGAAAAAAAAAAAAUGCUGCGUGUGAAGCCAGAACAGACGAAUGAACUAUGAAUAGCAAAGAUUAUAAAGAACUGUACAGGGCAACGCUCCUUUAACAUACACGACCCAAAGAGAGGAAUAUCAAGACCUACAUUGGACCUACAACUCAAACCAAAUACAGAAUUCCCACUUGCCCAAGAAGAAAAUGGUUUACCGUCUUUAAUUACUUUUCAUUGUUUAACAAACUUUGUUUCGCUUUUCAAUCUUCCUUUUGCCAUUAUUUCCUUAUUGUGCGUACCAUCAUUUUUUAUUCUUUAUAUUAUUUAUUUAUUUGAUAAUAUGGCUUCACUUUGAUCCUGACAGAUGUAGAAAUAUAUUUAUAUGAUGCUGAAUGGAGACCGACGCUUGAUGUUGUAUCUGGAUGUUGAAACUGGCUGUGGAGAGACGUGCUGCGUGUCCCGGAGACUGCAGGGAGGCAGACACGCUCUUUUCACCCGCCAUUUUUGUGUUCAUGCCAAAGUUUUUCUGUUAUGUUCCGU